AUGAAAAAUUUAAGUAACGUAUACCUAUACAAAAAUAAUAAAUUAGAGUUGAUAAAAGAAUUAGAAAAUGUAUUCAUAAAAAAGGUGCAUACAUGUAAUAAUAGCCUAAAUGUGGUAUUAAACAGAAAUAAUGAUAGCACGUACAGUACAUUAAUUCGGUUAGACGAUGCAGCUGAUGGCUCUGCUGCUACUAGUACAAGGAGUUACGUAAACAUUUCAUCGAAUGACACUUACGAUUUUAACUUUAUGACUAGGAAUUUAAUUUUGUAUUCUUUUUACAAAAAUGAAGCAGUGAAUGAAAAUUGUCAAGGUCUAAAUGAAGAAAAAUUCCAUAACGAAAGCAAUGUGUCCCAUACUACUAACAGCACAGUUGGCAGAUAUACAAAAAAUCAUAGCGCACAAGACAGUAAAAAUUUUAAUAGGAUACUAUUUACGAGAAAUUUAAAAAAACAAAAGGACUUUUUUAUCAACGAAAAGAAUAAGGUAUGGAAGUACAAAUUAGAUGACAACCAAAUGGAGGAAGAAACACGUAUAAAGAGUAUACCAAUAAAUUUUGAAAAAAUAUUUUUUUGCUCUUCACAGUUUUAUGCAAUUAACGAAGAGAAACAAGUUUUUAGAUGGGACACGGAUGAGACACAUAAAUAUGAUAUAAUUCAUGACUAUAAUUCGAGAUUUGUUAGCUAUAUACAUUUUUCUGAUAAGGUAAAAAUUGAAAAUAUAUCAUGUGGACAAAGUCAUGCUCUUUUUUUAUCAAAAAAUAAAAACUGCUACGCUUUUGGAAGAAACGAUAACUAUCAAGUAUGUCAAGAAAAAAAAAUUUUUUAUAACACUCCAAUUUUAAUUUUAUUAAAUAAAGAAAAACGAAAAAAAGUUAAGUACAUAUCUGCUGGACAUUCUCACAAUUUAAUUUCAACUUAUCAAAAUGAAAUAUAUGGCUGGGGCAAUAACAUGCACAGUCAGCUAUGUUCAGGCGACAAUUUUGUAAAAUGUCCCACGUUAAUUUUAAACCAAAAUAUAUGGACAGACUUUAUCAAAAAAACAUCACAAUCCAAAAAAAAAAAGAGACAUCUGUUGCGUAAGGAAAAGCAUAAAGCGCACACAGGUGAUGCGACAUAUAGUGGGACAUAUAAUGCAGAAUACUGUGUGGCAUGUAGUAGUACAAAUCAAGGGUGUUGUGCUUAUGUAAAAAGCAAACGGGAAGAUUACAGGAGCGGAGAGAGCUACGAGGGCGAUCAAAAUAGUAGCAUAAGUAGCAAAGAAAGGUCAUCACUAAACGUAGAAUGGGAAAAAUUAAAACGAAUUAACGAAAAUUAUUUCCAGUUAAGAAAAUUUAAAAAUAAAAACAAAUUCGAAAUAGGAAAACUUUGCUGCGGUUUUUCCUUUUCCUGCAUACUUUUAAAAAAUAAAAAUUGCUAUAUCGUGGGCAAAAAUAAUUGCCAUGAAGACGGUAAUGUAAUAAAAAUACCUAAAAAAAUAAAUAAAGGAAAAAAAAUUGAUGACGUAUUUUGCAAUUUUUUUCACAUCAUCGUUAUAGAUCAUCUUAAAAUUAAAAAAAUAUGUCCAACGAUAAUACAUCCUAACAUGGAAAAUUCCAUUAUGCUCUUCUUCAAUUUCAAAGUUAAAAAUGAACUAAAUGUUAAAAUAUUAUUAACGGACAAUAAUUUUAUGAACAAAAGUAAGAAAAAAAAAAAAAAAAAAAAAAAUAGCCAAAUUGUUCACCCUCAAAAGGGGAAUAUUGACCAAAAUACGGAACAAUUAAUUUAUGAACAAACUAGCCAUUCGAGCUCUAAUAUCGAGGAUGAAGAGAGAGACAAAAAAGAAAAAAAAAAUACGCCUACAGACAUUUUUUUUCAUUUUAACUACCAUAAUGACAUUGAAGUGAUACCACAUUUUAACCCUUCCUCUUCAUUUGAUGUCUGUCCCAUAAUGUUCUAUAAAAAAAAAGCAGAAUAUUCUAUAUCAUGUCAAAUUAACAGAAAUAUAAUAAAUAAAAGACUAUUUCUGACAUUAUAUAAUUCAGAUUUUUCUAUAAAAUAUAAUCACAGCAUCAUUUUGUCAAAUUAUGAAGGAAAGGUACGAAAUAUUUUUCCUAAUAAUUUUGCUUUAAUGCAGAAUAUCAAAUUGAAAAUUAAAAUAAAUAAAGCACCUAUUCAUGUAAAAUCUGAUUAUAUAUACGUUUUAUACCAUUUUACCGAUGAUAACAAAAAUUACCUGUACAUGUUCAGUAAAGGACGAUUAAAUAAAAAAAGAACUUAUAUUUACACUAAAAUGUCUUUCGUUAAAAGUGCCAAUGGCUGUAAAAGUAGUAAUAAGCACAACUGCGACAAUGGAAAUAACGAUGCUUUGUGUUAUCAUCUCUCUUGUGCAAGUUUGAAUGAUAAGGAGAACUCUCCAUCCACCAUACAUAAAUUUACAAAAUGUAAUGUACACUACUCUUUCGGUUAUAACUUUUAUAAAAAUUAUUUCCCUAUUACCAUUAUAAAACCUGACAUACUAAACAUUACACCAAAUAUUAUCAGCACGCGGGAGAACAAUGUUAUUAUUAACAUAAACAUGUUGUACCUUUCAAAAAAAUUUCCAUUUAUUCAUGUUAUUUUAUAUAAUCCUCAUCUACAAUUAAUAAACAAAAAGGCCUACUACAAUUCGGACAAUAAUAAUUAUUUUUUUUCCACCCCCUUAAUUCCGAUUACGCUCUUUAAAAAAAGUCAACUAGAUUUCAUAAUAUUUAAUGUAUUUGCUUCGUAUAAUAACAUUGAAUAUAGCCGAGGCGAAAUUCUGCUAACGGUUUCAAAUAUAUAA